AUUCGCAAAGCAGCGAGCAGACUCCAUCGCAGGAAGAGGAGGUGCAAAGGGUCACGUGAGAGGGACAGGUUGAGAGACGGGGAGACAUAUGUACUGGUUGGGGAAGGAGAAACGAUACAAGUGAGGGGAUUACAGGAAGAGCUACAGAGGAAGGAGGAGGAACUGAGGAGAGUGGAGGAUCAGGAGAGAGAGACUAGGCAGCAGCUGGAGGAGCAGAAGAGGGAGACAGAGCAGGAGAGAAGAGAGAGAGAAUCUGUGACUGAGGAACUUGAUGCUGCACAAAACAAGAGAAGGAAACUGGAGGACGUGAGGAGGAGAAAAAAUCUGUGGACUUAAGCAGAGCCUCAUGUACAUUCUUUAGGUAGGGGAAAGACAGAAAAGGAGGAAGA